AUGAACCACUACGGUAUGGAUACGAUUCGCGGUUUCCGGUACAAGCUUAGCUACUGGAUGAGUGCCCGGGAUGUCUAUGAUUCCAUACAAUUAAUGGUGACCAUAGCCUUCGCCUUGGGCAUUACUCCGUUUUUGGUCAGAAAAAAUUCAGAGGGUGUACUUUCCAUGGAGCAGUCGGGCUACGGAUUCGUGAAUGCCAUUUCCCGGUGGCUUCUACUCGCCUACUGUUACACCCACGUUAAUUUUCAUGACGAGAGCCUAAUUGGAUACUUUAUGAUCAACCAUAUUUCCCAAGUCAGCACCAGAGCUCACGAUAUCGGUGGGAUUAUAGCCGCCGUUUUCACCUUUAUAAUGCCACUCCUGCAACGCAAAGAUCUUCGCAAGUCGGUGGAUACUAUGGUGCAAGUGGAUAAGAAACUCGAAAGUCUAAGAUCUCCCGUGAACUUCAACACCGUAAAGGGACAGCUCAUCUUGGUAAUUACAUUGGUAGUUGCAUACGAUUCAAUAAUCAUCACCACUUGGCUCGUUUGCCUCUCGAAAAUGGACGUGAAUGCCUCGUGGCAACUGAACUUUAUCCUUGUCUACGAACUACUAGUCAUUUCGGUGACUAUCUGCAUGUUUUGUCUGAUGACGCGGACUGUACAAAGACGUAUGACCUGUUUGCACAAGGUAGGUGACUAA